GAUAGACGUAUUUUGUUAUGGGAUUUCCACCAAGACGAUUUGACCGCACCAACACAUGCGCUAGCGGGACCAAAGGCCAACGUCUUUGCACUAUCUUUCUCCAGUUCUGGUCGCUAUCUCUACUCGGGCGACGUCGCGGCAGAUAUAUACAAGUAUGAUAUGAGUGCUAUCACGAAUUCUGUCGGAUACAAUGCUUCGCCUUCGGACACGGUGAAGCAACACGAGGAUAGCAUACGAGACUUAUCCAGUCACCCGCUCCAAGAGGAUAUCCUAUUGAGUGCCAGUGAAGACGGCAGUAUAGUUAUACGAGACGGGAGAGCUGGGAGCACUCUCACUCGCGCCCAGGGCACACUCCGUAACGAUACGGAAUUCACAUCGGUGCACUGGCACCCCUACAUGGAGCACAUCUUUGCCACGGGCGAGGACCAUGGAAAAUGCGUGCUGCGUGACGACCGCAUGGCUUUCGGGCCCUCCUCGUCGAGGCGCGCUGGGGGCGUGUAUGCAACCGAAAUAUCCAAGAGAAGCCUACCGUUCUUGAUUCGCCCCAGCAUCAGCAGCAUUGCAUUCAAUGGCGAUGGCACGAAACUUGCCGUGACAGUCCCGGGGUACUUUCCCAUCAUAUAUUCUGUCGGAGGAGACGAAGAGUGGCCGCUGGCGGUGUGCACGGGAAGGCAUCUACCUGAUGGAUCUCCCGCUUCUCCGGGCUUGCGAACGUACCGCAAUCAGUCAACGUUCAAGCAUGGAUCAUUCAGUAUGACCAGCGGGGGCGAUGAAUACUAUGCCACAGGUUCUGAUGACUUCCGGGCGUAUAUCUGGCAUAUACCAAGCAAUGCAAAGCUUGCAGAAGAAGGCAUACUAUUGAACCCGGAGCAUUGGGCAUCUCAAGAACCGGAUGUUGUCGGGUUCGCAACGUCCUUUCUCCGUGAACGAUAUAUUCCUGUGGAGCUCUCAACGCCCCAUACUCGUCUCGCAGGGCAUAAAUCUAUCGUCAACAAUGCGCUCUUCCAUCCACACUUCCCUCUUGUGGUGACAUCAGGCGUAGAACGACGUGUGGUGGUCCACAGCGCAUCGGAAUUCGUACCGUGGGCCUCGCAGCUUGAUCGUACGCCGGAGGCUGUUCGCGAAAUUGGUGCUACGGCAAGCAACGAGGAGAUUGAUCUAUACAGGAGGGCACUUCGGCAAACCCAUGCGACCUUGCGGGACGGGGACUCAUCUUCUGACGUCCUAGCGGAGGAAGAUGACACCGCGACCAUCGCCUUAUUUGACCAGAUCCUUCGACAAGAAGAAUAUGACAUUUUUACCACUCGCCGAACCACAACAGACUCGGAUGACGAAGAAUACGAGGACAUCAUCAGUUUGUGA